GCUUUCGUCUAACAUUCUGAUUACCUAGACACUAGAUACCAACGAUGAGGUCAAUGACAAACCGUUCAGCUUUUCGGGAAUCAUCGGGCUUGUUGUCAUUCCUGAAUUACAUAAUACCGUUUGUUCGUUUGUUUAGAUCCAUCUGAGGAAUCCGGAAUCAGAUAUUGGUGACUAAUAAAAUGGAGAAAAUCCUUAGUCUGAGUGGUCCGUGCUUCUAGACAGAAUUGUUCCAGAAGCCGAACUAGCCCCAUAAUAAUCGAACCGAAAAUAGAUUUAGCUCCGAACCCCUGCAUCGGCUCUAAAGAAAGUUUUGCUAAGAUCCAUUUUGUCCAUUUCUUUCGAAAUCCGUCUCUGGCCCCCGAUUUUCCUUACAUUCCUUCGCAAAACCCUAACCGCCCUCUCGACGACGAUACCGUAGACACUCGUACAAUCGCCGACUCGUUCGCUUUCCUAUCAACAAAAUGGGCAACGGAGCCAAGGCUGCGCAGAAGCGUGAGCGUAAUGCGAAGGACACCAAGGUCGCCAAAUCGCAGCUCAAGUCUAACGUCAAGGCUAUGGAUAUCCAGUGCAAUAUUUGCAAAUCGACCUUCCUAAAGACCACUCGUGCGCCCCAGCUCACCGAGCACGCCGUCAACAAGCACAGCAAGACCAUCGCCGAGUGCUUCCCCAGCUACGAAGUCCCGGCCGGCGGAAAAUAAACCACAAGUCGCUCUAUUCCGUACUCGCCUGGGCAGGUAGGUAUAGAGACAACACCCAUCCGAGCAGGUCGUGACAAGGGAGACAACGGGCAUAGCGAUUGGCGCACAACGGUGUUU